AUGGAAGGGUUCGAUGAGGAAGAGUUUAAGAAAUUCUUCCCUAGUGGCUUUGGGAAGCAGACGAAAGAAGCAGAUAUCAAGACCCAGAUUGACCGAACGAAGCGAAAGGCGGCAGUCGAGACAUCCAAUGCGCGAGCAAUAGAGAAAGCCUCCGGCCCGUCACAGGAAUCAACUAAUGAUAAAGAUGACGCUGGCUCUGAUGCGGAUUCUGAUUCUGAUUCUGAUGGAUCGGAUGAUGAAUUCCCAGUUUCACAUAACCUUGUCUUCAAAACACAUGAGAGAGCUGUGACUACAAUAACACUCGAUACAGCCGGAGCGCGAAUGAUAACGGGUUCAACAGAUUGUACUGUUAAAUUCCAUGAUUUUGCGUCGCUAACGCCAUCGACACUGCGCGCAUUUAAAUCCGUGGAACCAAACGCAAGGAAGAAUGCAACGUCCUCGUCAGAAAUACACCCGGUCCACAUUGCGAAGUUCAACCCUAUCUCUCCCAGUCAAAUCCUCGUGGUAUCGGCCACGCCGCAAGCAAAGGUCCUUAGCCGCGAUGGUGAUACUCUGGCCGAAUUUGUUAAGGGAGACAUGUAUCUUCGAGACAUGAAAAAUACAAAGGGCCAUAUCUCCGAGGUCACGAGUGGAACCUGGAGUCCGUCGGAUUAUAACCUGUGUGUCACGGCUGGGACGGAUAGCACGCUACGUAUCUGGGAUGUCAAUGACCCGAGAAGCCAGAAAGAGGUCAUUGUACACAGGUCAAGAGCAGCGGGGUCUGCUGGUAGGAGCAGGAUGACUGCUGUUGCCUGGGCAUCGCCUGCGCAGGGCGGGCCGAAUGCACUGAUAGCAAGCGCUCUUGACGGGAGCCUUGUUAUGUGGGGAGGUGAUGGGCCCUUCAACAGGCCUAGCGCUGAGAUUAAAGAUGCACAUACAAAGGAUACCUGGACCAGCGGGUUAGAUAUCAGUCCGGAUGGGCGACUGAAAGUUCAAACAACCUAUAACGACGGUCUCGCAUGUAUCCGGAUCGAAAUUCUACCCUACAUCAAACAUACAGUUCUCUCCGAGCGGGAGCUAACAUCGUCACGGGGUUCUGAGGACCGGACAUCUGCAUAUAUUGAAUCCUGCUACCCUCAAACCCCGAAAAUGGUCACUCUGGUCACACCGGAUUCUCCUCUUAUUUCUGUAUAUUGGCACGAAAAGCUCAAUCAGAUCAUCACCGGCUCUGCCAAUGCAGAAACGCAUCUGCUAUAUAACCCAUCUCUCUCGCAUAACGGAGCACUUAUGAUAAUGUCCAAAGCACCGAAACGGCGCCAUGUUGAUGACGACCCGAACUUUACCACAGAUAUCUCUCUCGGUUUCUCGGGCGAGGGUAUCGUCAACGGCAGCGGAAUCGCAGCAGCCACCAGUUUUGCUGCCAGACAUCCUACCGUCGGACUCACGGCUUCUGGCCGGUCAAGAGACCCACGUCGCCCUCACGUACCUGCUCAGACGCCUUUUGCUAAGAGCCAGCCCGAUGAGAAGCAUAUCAAGGACAACAUACCUCUCAGUUCGAUGAGAGAUGAGGAUCCCCGUGAGGCGCUGCUCAAGUACGCGGAAGCAGCUGAAAAGGAGCCGAUAUUCACGCAUGCGUGGAAACACACUCAGCCAAAAACCAUUUAUGCCGAGCUGAGCGAUGACGACGAAGAGGAGGAGAGCAAGAGGCCAGGCCCUGAUAAGAAGAGGAUAAAACGGAAUUAUUAG